UACGGAUUACCAAUGUGUCAAUAGAUCCAUUGUGUUGGUAGUCAUGACGACGACGAUCCCGGUGUUGGACAUGUCCCGGUACAGCCUGGAUGUGGUCAGUCAGGAGGUUGAUACACAGACUAUCCGGUCUCUGGCUGAAUCCCUUUGUGGGGCCUUUAGAGAUGUCGGCUUCUGUUACAUCACAAAUCACGGCUUUAAGCAGUCCUUGAUCGAUCGAACCAUGGAAGUUGCUUGCACAUUCUUUGAAAUGCCAGUUGAGUACAAGAAUAUGUACAGACGGCCCAGCGAUGCAUUUUAUGGAUGGAUUCCUCAGGGGACAGAAAGCCUGAAUCAGGUUAACCGAUUUGAUUACAAAGAGGCUUAUAACUACCCACCAGUGGACGGAACUGAGUUAAUUCCAGACGUGAAAGACUACAAAGUUACCAUGGAAGAAUUCCGUGCAUCAUGCUACACACUUGGCCAUAGACUAUUUGAUUUGAUGUCCGUUGGCAUGGCUUUAGAGGACAGAGAUUUCCUGAGAAAGUGCCAUACAUUGCUUGGAAAAAAGGGCAAUACUUCAGGUCUACGGUCAAUAUAUUAUCCUCCACUGCCACCAAACAAAGACAUCAAGCCAAACCAAGUGCGAUGUGGCGAACACUCAGAUUAUGGCUCUCUAACACUGCUGUUUCAGGAUGACGCAGGGGGUCUAGAGGUAGUCUAAUCAUUAUUUUUGAAAUUGGUACCAAAUCUUUCUCUCUGUGCGUAUAUAUAAUCCUGAAUUCCUCUCUUAAAGGAUUUUGGCCAAGAUUUUGUAUAAAUCAGUACUGGUACUCCAUGUACCUGAAAAUUUGUCUACAGUUGUCUCCCUUUGUAUGCAAGCAACAUGUGUGCAGCUAAAUUGCAGUCACUAUCCUAAAACACGAAAACAUCCGGCAUUUCUUCAUAUUGAUAUCUAUAAAUUGGGCGACAAAGGACGAUAUAAACAAUUUACAAAUUGUUUAUGAGAAAACCCUCCUUAAACCUCUCUUAAAAGAUUAGAGAGGACUAUUGUUAUCAUCCCAAUUAAAAGCAAGUCAAUGUAAUUAGGUCUGAUGCUUAAUUGAAAUUAUAGCAGUUUUUCUUAAAUGUUAAGUUCAACAUUUAUAGUUAGCAUAUUAUUAUAUUCUGAGAAUAUUAAAAUACAUAGGUGUGAAUCUAGGUAUGUUUUGGGGAUCGUGUUUCAAACAGAAAUAUACCAAAAGUGGUUUUUACAUCGCAGAUAUUUUCAUAUCUAAUUACAGAAUUUUGAUUUAAAAUAAAAUCGAAAUCGAAACCAAGUCGUCAA